UCAUGCUAACAGAGCUGGGCACAAAACAGCCGCUUCCGCACUGCUUCCUUGUUUAUUAGUUUCAGGAAAAAGUGUUUUAUCCAAAUAGAGAAAGUUGCACUUUCUUUCACAGGAAACCGAGAGAAGUCCCUCGCAGGUUUUCCGGGCCUUCACCCACCUGAAGUCUCCUCUCCGCCGAGGAGAGACUGAAGAUCUGAGCUCCACCUUAAACGAGUGUUGAGUUCAGUGACUGCUCUGAAUGGCCACAGCUGCAGAGGAGCCUCCGGGGCUGCAGGGCCACACUGGCAAUUCGACUGGGCCUCGUAAAAAUGGGAAUGCAGAGGGUCCAAGCACGAGCAUGACACAGGCCCAGAAAAAAACAAUUGGCCAUCGCGGAAUUGAUCCCACUGGAGAGACCACGUACAAGAAGACGACCUCAUCGGCCCUGCAAGGUGCUAUCCAGUUAGGCAUCACGCACACAGUGGGCAGCUUAAGCCAAAAACCUGAGAGAGAUGUCCUGCUGCAGGAUUUUGAGGUUGUGGAAAGCAUCUUCUUCCCCAGUGAGGGCAGUAACAUAACACCAGCACAUCACUACGGAGACUUCAGGUUCAAAACAUACGCCCCUAUCGCCUUUCGCUACUUCAGGGAGAUGUUUGGCAUCCGCCCUGAUGACUACAUGUAUUCUCUGUGUAAUGAACCACUGAUUGAGCUGUCAAACUCUGGAGCCAGUGGAUCUCUUUUUUACGUCUCCAGUGAUGAUGAAUACAUCAUUAAGACCGUGCAGCACAAAGAGGCUGAAUUCUUGCAGAAACUGCUCCCAGGAUACUUUAUGAACCUGAACCAGAACAAGCGCACUUUAUUACCAAAGUUCUAUGGACUCUACUGUGUCCAGGCAGGAGGUAAAAACAUCCGUAUUGCAGUCAUGAACAAUUUGCUCCCGAGUGCAGUGAAAAUGCACCUCAAGUUUGAUCUGAAGGGCUCCACCUAUAAGAGACGGGCCUCAGCUAAAGAGAGGGGCAAGACUGUGCCCACAUACAAGGACCUGGACUUCAUGCAGGACAUGCCUGAGGCGCUGUUAAUGGAGGCGGACAAAUACAAUGGUGUUUGCAAGACCAUUCAUAGAGACUGUCUGCUCUUGCAGAGUUUCAAGAUAAUGGACUACAGCCUCCUGGUGGGAGUCCACAAUGUAGAUCAGGCCUGUCGAGAGCAGUUGAGCGAAGAGGCUGGGGCAGCGGCCAUGGAUCAGCGGAGGCCACUAGGCCAAAAGUCCCUGUACAGCACGGCUAUAGAGGCCAUCCAGGCCGAGUCAGGGAGCAUGGGAUCACUGGACACAGAGGACAAAACUGGAGGAAUACCAGCAAGAAACUCAAAAGGCGAGAGGCUGCUGGUGUACAUUGGUAUCAUUGACAUUCUGCAGUCCUACAGAUUAGCCAAGAAGCUUGAGCACUCAUGGAAAGCUCUGGUUCACGAUGGGGAUACUGUAUCAGUGCACAGACCAGGCUUUUAUGCAGAGCGAUUUCAGAAGUUCAUGUGCAGCACAGUCUUCAGGAAGAUCCCAUUGAAGAACUCUCCAUCUAAGAAGCGGCGUGCAGUGACCCAUGGUCCUCUUAGAAAAACAGCUGGCUCUGGGCCUCUUUUCAUGUCACAAACCAGCAGCAGCAGCCAGCAGACUUUCCUCCAACGUCAAGUCAGCACUGAGACAAGAGAUGACACUGAUGGAGACAGUUUCAUGCCGUCAGGUCGUCCUGACCUCCUCCCUAAGGCCUCACCACCCAGCAAUGCUGCUGGCAACGCAGCCGAUACCACAUUCUGCUCCUCCUCCUCCUCCCUGGGAAACUCUGGUUCCACUCUCAUAACUCAGCCUCUGACUCACUCCCAAGACACAAGCAGGUCAGUGGGAGUGGAUUUAAACAGCAUGUUGAGUAAAGCUAUGGAGCGCAGCACCCCCAAGAGAGCUCCGUCCUCGUCUCUUGAAGAAAGUUUUGGCACUGAUGGUGCGAUCUCACUCAGUGACAUAACUCUUAACACAAGCAAAUGUUCUGUAUAAAUUCGGGGAAAGGAAUGAGAACAAAAUGAACCCGGAACAAGCUUGGAGGAUGUUAUGAACAUGGAUGAAAUGUUACUCACUUAUUGUGAUUUGAGGUACCCUAACCAGAGAAGUGGGGACCAAAUGGGAUAUUUUUGUUAUUACUUUUGCACUUUUCCAAAUCUCAACAUGGGAGGAGCAUGUUACUAUCUGAUCAUGUUCUGACACUAAUAAUUGUUGGUAUAUUAAUGGUUUGGGUAUCGAAUACUAUUAUUCAUCUAAUGAAAUGAAAAUGCCUAUAUGCACAACCAAAGAUUGUUCAUGGCACAGAUGUGCUCAACUAAGCCAGUGUACGGUGUAGAGUUUAACUUGAGGACUUAUUUGAGAACAACAUUUCCUUAUUCAAUCCCAGAAAAUUUAAUAUUCAUAAUGUUGUUUGAUUCCUCAUUUUUAUUUACCACAUUGUUGCAGCACAUCAUCAAGCAUACCUUACUCUUUAUGAGAAUAAAGAUGAGAAUGCUGUUCCUACCAUAUGUUCGAUCCAGGGACUUUAACACAAAACUAUAUUAUCUGGAUUGGGAACAUAAUUUUCCAUAAAGGGUUUAUUUUUUAGAGCAAAUACUGUUUUCAUACGUAUUAAUCUGCAGUUUUUUCAGUUUACUCUAAAUGCAAAUUGUGCUGGAAAAGAUGCCUGAUCCUCAACCCGCAGUUUCUUAUGGACCUGUUCUUCUGUCGAGACUGUGAGUCCUAAAUGUCAUCUCUCGUGUUCUGCUCAAAGUGUGAUUUUUAUUUUUAAAGGUCAUUUUUUAAAUACUUCUACACUGUACGAUCUGAUUUCAGUCUUAGGCUUAGUGUGUAGAUAGUUUAUGACCAAAUGUGACCAACAAACAGACCUGGGACCUGUCUAAUGAAAGUUUGGAAUGAACUUCGUCUUCUCAUUUAGUGGUUGCCAUGGUAACUAAUGCCACUGACCAACCCUGGAAAGAGCAGUUAGAAAUAAGAGACCGUCAACCUCACUAAUCAAGUGCCAAAGAGCACAGGACGACUUUGUUACAAAAUCGUGUUACAAUCACUUUGUUUUGUUUUCGGUAUCAUGAAACUGAAAAUGUACGUAUUAAUAGUAAGUGUUUAAAGUACAGUGCCCCACCUUGGCAACAAAUGGUACUGCAGAGCAUAGCUAGUUAGUGGUAGUGCUUAAUAUUAAUUUACCAAACUUACAACUCAAGUGCAUAUAACAGGGAGACACUGCCAUUGAUGCACAAGACCAGGCAUUAAGACACACCAGCAGCAGUUUCGGAUCUGGAGAUAAAGACUAGAGGCUGAUGUGCAGGAAAAUAAAGGUCUUGAGCACAGCUGCCACCUUUAAGCCAGGGAGUUUUGUAGCUACUUUUGUUUUGUCAUAUAGGCUACAUUUUAACAUCACAACAUAUAUUCCAGGACAACGUAGAAAGGUUUAUACAAGUGUGAAUGUCAGUCCUCAGUUCUAUGAGUUAAUCUGAGUUUAUCUGUCCAAAACAACUAGGGUGGUAAGAGUUUUAACUGUGCGUCUGGAUAUUUCAUCCAUACACUUGGGUGGCACUGCUUUUUAGAAAUGUUCUCACUAUUUAAUAACGUCUGCUGCUAAAAGUAAAAAAAACUAUGCAUCAGUAAAUAUAAUAUGGAUUAUACACAUGUUGGGUGAUAGCCUUGAGUUGAAAACCUAUACAUUUCCACACUGAUUUAUGAAAUAUUGCCUUUAUUGUUUGAUUGUGAUGUAUACCUUUUCUUCCUCCUUUUUGUAUUCAUGUGGUGUAUUUAGUAUUUCCUAAACAGUACUAACAUUUGUCUUUUUGUUUUGAUUACAUUGUUUAUUGGUAGCUUUUUGUUGAAUUUUCCACACAGUAACAGUAACAGUCUCUAAUUAAAUUCACUGUUGACAUCUGCAUAGUUGAUUUGCUGAUGCUGCAUGUGAUUGGCUUGUAAUUAAGAACCGCUGUCAUGUGCACAAGCUUUCUGUUGGACCGGUGAACCCAGGGUUAACACAGCCGGUUGUUUGAACGUUGUGAGAUUUGUUUUCUAGAAUCACAAAUGUGUUCUCACAACUUUGAUUUUUUUUUUCUAUUGGAAUAUGUGGUGAUGGCUGCAUAACAGUUGAAAAGGGAACAAGACAAAACCGUCUGUCUGCUUUUUGCAAACUAAAACUGGUAGAAAUACUGUUGGUGAUUUAAACGUUGUUUUGUGCAGUGUUUUAACAUGAUCUGAUGGUUUGGUAACUUUAACCAUACUGUGUGUAUAUGUGAAUUUAUAGACUGUGCAAUACUUUAGGUGAAUUGACAAUUUUCCAACCAAGAUGUGAUAAAUAAACAUAAAUUGGGCAUUUUCACACAACUUUUAAAAUAUCUGUAUGAGUCGUCUUUUUUCCAUCUGGCUGACACAUGUAACCGUCUCAAAAUGCUCACUUCCAACAUUGAAAGUGAAACUGUGCCUUAUUUUUUUUAAAAAGCAGUCAAACAUACAGUCCAUAGACUAAAUAUGUUAAUAGUCAUAUUUAUAUUUAUUACUAUUUGUCAACAACUGGGGAAACUUCCUGCAUUCUUUUCUGAUAUACUUUUGAAUUGUAUGAUAUAAAUAUGUGCACGUCUGUACACAGGGAACACAGCAGUGCUUUUUCACAGAAUAUGAAAUUACACGUUGUCUUGCUCUUUCGGUGGGUGUGCUGUUCUUGUGAACUUGUGCCUGAAGUUAUUAAAGAAAAAGAA